CGUGGGGUCGGAGCCGGGUGGCCCGAGGCGCCCGGGCGGGGUACGCCCAGCUGGCCGCGGCCGCGGAGCAGCCAUGGCGGAGGCCGCUCCGCAGUACCUGGCGCUGCCCUCGGGGUUGCUGGAGCUGUGCGCGCUGCUGGGGGCCCCCCGGGACAGCCUCCGUGGCCCUGAGCAGGUCGCCCAGAAAAAGGGAGUCAAGAGCCUAUCUUCUCUGGAUCCGGAGGUCCUGUCGGUCUUCGUGCCUCCGUUUGUCACUAAGGAGGACAGUCAGCCGGCCGGCGUGAGCUGUGUGACGCUGGGUAAGACCAGGAGGCGCUCCUUCCGGAAGAAGAGAGAGAGGCCCAAGGUGGAGCCCUCGAAGGGCCACCCCGGCGGCCCCAGGGGUCAGGACCCCGAGGACGUGAGCAUCCCCAACGGCGUGGACCUGCUCGCCCUGCCGCAGCUCUGCUUCCCAGGGGGCGUGUGUGUGGCCUCUGAGCCCAAGGAGGACUGUGUCCACUUUCUGGUGCUGACUGAUGUCUGCGGCAACAGAACCUACGGCGUGGUUGCCCAGUACUACCGGCCCCUGCACGACGAGUACUGCUUCUACAACGGCAAGAUGCACUGGGAGGCGUCAGGUCUGGGCCGGAGCACGGCUGGCUGCUUCGUGCCCUUUGCCGUGUGUGUGGUUUCCAGAUUCCCCUAUUACAACGCCCUCAAGGACUGCCUCUCCUGUUUAUUGACUCAUCUGAAGGUCUGUAAAGAUUUCGAAGUUGACAAUCAUAUAAAAGAAUUUGCUGCAAAACUAUCUUUAAUACCUAGCCCGCCUCCUGGACCACUCCAUUUGAUAUUGAACAUGAAACCUCUACAGAUCGUAUUUCCCUCGAGAGCGGACCCCGAAAGCCCCCUCAUCGACCUGGACCUUCACCUGCCCUUACUGCGCUUCAGACCUGAGAAGGUGCUAGAGAUCCUAACCUGCCUUCUGACGGAGCAGCACGUCGUGUUCUUCUCGUCCAGCUGGGCCCUGCUGACGCUCGUGGCUGAGUGCUUCAUGGCCUACCUGCACCCCCUGCAGUGGCAGCACACCUUCGUCCCCAUCCUGUCGCGACAGAUGCUGGACUUCGUCAUGGCGCCCACGUCCUUUCUCAUGGGCUGCCACCUGGACCACUUUGAAGAAGUCAGCAAGGAAGCCGAUGAUUUAAUUCUGAUAAACAUUGACACCGGGAGCAUCACCUACUGUAACGAUGAGGACGUUGACGUUCCUGACAUCCCUCUCCUGGCGGCACAGACUUUUAUUCAGAGGGUCCAGAGCCUUCAGAUGCACCAUGAGCUGGACCUCGCUCACCUCUGCGCCAGCACAGACCUGAACGAGGGGCGAGCCUGCAGGCGGGCCUGGCAGCAGCGGCUCAACUGCCAGAUCCAGCAGAUCACCCUGCAGCUGCUCGUCUGCAUCUUCAGGGAAGUGAAGAAUCACUUAAAUUAUGAACAUAGGGUGUUCAAUAGUGAAGAGUUUCUCAAAACAAGAGCUCCAGGGGACCAGCAGUUUUAUAAACAGGUCUUGGAUACCUACAUGUUCCAUGCUUUCCUCAAGGCUCGGCUCAGCAGAAAGGUGGACGCCUUUGCCCAGAUGGACCUCCACACGCAGUCCGAAGAGGACAGGGGAGGCGGGGUGCUGCUGAGUCCCAGAAGACCCACCGUUGAGAAGAUGGCCGGCCGGAAGUCCUCAGCCCCGCACGGAGCUCACAGGCGCAUGGUGGUCAGCAUGCCCAACCUGCAGGACAUCACGGCGCCCGAGCUGCCGCCCCGGAACUCGUCGCUGCGGAAGAUGCGUGCCGAGGACCGUGGAGGCGGCUGCUCAGUUCUGGACGUGCCCCCCAAGUUGACAUACACCUUCAAGAUCCCGGAAAUCCACUUUCCACUGGUGGGCCAGUGUGUGCAGGCCUUCCACGCGGACUGCGUGGCCCAGCUGAGCAAGGCCAUGGACUCGCUGGCCCCCGAGAACUCGGUGCUGCUGGCGAGGUACUUCUACCUGCGAGGGCUCGUCCAGCUGAUGCAGGGCCAGCUGCUGGGCGCCCUCCUGGACUUCCAGAGCCUGUACAAGACGGACGUGCGCAUCUUUCCCACCGACCUCGUCCGGAGGACGGUGGAGUCCCUGUCGGCGCCCGAGCGCGCGCAGGCCGAGCGGAUGCCCGAGCUGCGCCGGCUCAUCAGUGAGGUCGUGGACAAGCCCGAGGACGCCCCCAAGGCCGACGACCGCGUCAAGAACUUCGAGCUGCCCAAGAAGCACAUGCAGCUGGACGACUUCGUGAGGAGGGUGCAGGAGUCGGGCAUCGUGAAGGACGCCGGCAUCAUACACCGGCUCUUCGAGGCAUUAACCGUAGGUAGGAGGAUGCCCGCGGGGUGGGCAGCGCAGACCCUCGGGGGCAGGUCGGCCCAGCCGGGAAGAGCCUUGCGCGGCGGGCGAGGGCUUUACCUGCUUCCUGGGCGCGGCGCGUCGGACGCGGGGGCUGGCCGAGGCUCUGGGAAGGGGGUGGGGAUGGAGGGUCUGGCGACGCUUAAUGGCAUCCCUCCCGUCCUGGGGGUUGCUCGCUGUGUGCUGACCUCUUGCUCCCACGUGGGGACGCAUGGCUCCAGCCGGAAUGUUUCAGGCACCUCCACCCCCGCUGCUUUUUUUUUUUUUUUUUUUUUUUUUUUUUGGCGGUACGCGGGCCUCUCACUGCCGUGGCCUCUCCCGUCGCGGAGCACAGGCUCCGGACGCGCAGGCUCAGCGGCCAUGGCUCACGGGCCCAGCCGCUCCGCGGCACGUGGGAUCCUCCCAUACCGGGGCGCGAACCCGGCAGGUCCCUCAAGGCGGGGCUGCAGCACGGGGAGCUGCCCAGCCCCACCUCCUGGGCAGCGCGGGGUGCGGUCGUCUGAAGCGUUCUGCGGUUCGGUGCGGGACGCCCUUCCUCGUUACACGGCUCCUGUCGAGUUGCCCGGCCUCUCUGUACCCACGUGCGCCGCCUUCCCCCCGGCGGAGGGAUGGGGCCGCUCGUUCACGGUCCCUCCGUCGGUGUAA